CCAAACAAACAUGACAUGACGAUGAAAGGCAAAUCUGACCCGGAUUCACUAAAACAAAACGUCUUGUUUAGACCCAAAUAAAACUGUUAGAAUUAUCAAAACUAGCGAUGAAGUUCACAGAGCAUCUAGGUACACAUUUGACUCCCGAAUGGCGAGUUCAAUACAUUCAAUACGAGAAACUCAAGGAAGUGUUAUAUGCUGCUUUUGAGAAAAUGCCACCCAAAGAUGAAACUGCUGAAGCUGUUGUGCAGAGAUUCUUUAAUAAAUUUCAAGAUGAAUGGUUUCAGUACUGCGAUGAAGAACUGUCGAAGAUCAAUACCUUUUUUGCAGAGAAAAUUGCUGAAGCAGAGCGUAAAUUCACUGCUCUCAAAAGUGAGCUUUAUGUAACGGAAUCCCUUAUCAAAGAGGGAUCAAGCUUAAAAAACUUACGAACAGGAAGUAAACUAACCCUGGCCACUAAACCAGAUAAAAAGAAAGUCAAGAUUAAGGCAAAAACCAUCAAUGACCUGAAGCUGGCCUUCAGUGAGUUCUACUUGAGCCUUGUCUUGAUCCAGAACUACCAGCAAUUAAAUUUUACAGGAUUCAGAAAAAUUCUCAAGAAACAUGACAAGAUUUUUGAUACCACUAAUGGAGUUCAGUACAGACAGACUAAGGUGGAGACUGCAAACUUUUACACUAACAAAACAGUAGAUGAUAUUAUACUAGAAGUAGAGAAUUUAUUCAUAACUGAGUUAGAACAGGGUAACCGAUCAAAGGCAAUGAAUCGACUUAGGGUACCUCCCCUAGGGAAAGAAUUGAGUGGAGACUUGGUCACAUUUCGUGUAGGUCUUUAUUUUGGGGUAUUUCUAAUGCUGUCAUUGGUUAAUGUUAUAGCAGCUUUUUAUACAAAAACCAAAGGAGACUUAGAAGUAGCCAUUAGAAUAUACCGAGGGAUUUUUCUUAUCGUUUUGGUCACUUUUUUAUUGGCUUUAAAUACUUGGGGAUGGAGGAAGGCUGGGGUCAACCACGUGCUAAUCUUUGAACUGGACCCAAGACAUCAUCUUAGUUAUCAUCAAUUGUUAGAGUUUCGUAUCAUCACUGCACCAUUUCAACACGUGGGCUUCGCUGAUUUCUGGCUGGCUGAUCAACUAAACAGUCUUGUAGUAGCACUAUUGGAUUUCCAGUAUAUUAUUUGUUUUUAUUCACAUGAUUGGCAUGUAGAUAGUAAAGAGCGGAUUUGUGACACCAAUCUCUAUGGUCUUCGGCCUCUAGUUGCGUGUCUCCCGGCCUGGUUCCGGUUUGCGCAGUGCCUCAGACGUUAUAAAGACACGCGGGAUGUAUUCCCGCAUUUAGUCAACGCGGGGAAAUACUCCACCUCAUUCUUUGUGGUAGCCUUCUCUACCUUAGCAAAGUCUAAUUCUCCGGAAAGUGACAAAUUCUUUUUAUUAUGGAUUGUGGCUGCGAUCAUCAGCACGUGUUACACCUUGACCUGGGAUAUCAAGAUGGACUGGGGACUACUAGACAAAAAGGCGCCAGUUGAAAAUAAAUUCCUAAGAGAAGAAACUGUAUAUAGGUACAAGGCAUGUUACUAUUUGGCAAUGCUCGAAGACUUUAUAUUUAGGUUUUUGUGGACUCUAACAGUUUCAGUAGGAGAUUUGGAACUCUUCCAUUCGGAGAUUCUCAAGCUUGUUCUGGCAUUGUGUGAAGUGUUUAGGCGGUUCGUAUGGAAUUUUUUCCGUCUGGAGAACGAACAUCUGAACAAUUGCGGUCAGUUCCGUGCUGUACGAGACAUAUCCUUCAUGCCUAAAGACACACAUCACCAGGCACAAAUCGAAGACAUCAUGGAUGAUGAAAACGGUUUGGGGCCAGAUUCGAAACGAAAGCGAAAAGCUAGUAUAAUGAUUAAGUCGAUUACUACCAACAAACGCUCCUCUCCCACGAACGAAAUUAUUAUCGAGAAUGAUACUGCCAGAGAUCUAGAUACUAGAGUGUAAUAUUGUAAUUAUUUUAUAAAUUACAGUGCGAUGAUUAUUUUUGAAUAAAAUGUAUGCAUGGUA